AUAAUGUAUACCAUUUUGUACUGAUAGUGAUUUUACGUUACAAUAACUAAUCAGUGGGACAUUUGGGCCAUAUUUGGAAAAUGAAGACUGAGAAUGCGGAAAAGCCGACUGGGACCUGGGACCCAGCAAUGUCCCUUUGGGCUCGUGUUCAGCGUUUGGAUGGUGAUGUCAUAAAGAGGAUUCAGUCCCAGUAUGGACAACAUUUUCCUAUUGAGGUGCGCCACUACUGUGCCCAAUGGCUGGAAGAGCAACCAUGGAGUCAGAUUGAGGAGGACAACCCUGCCCAUGAAGUUUAUGCCCAACAGGUUUUGUCUCAUUUAGUCAAGGCCAUUAACAUACAGAUAAAUGAGUUUCCCAACAGCAGUGAAAGCUUUUUACAGAAAAUGGUACUGCAGGAGGCUGCAAACAAACUCCAGGCCCUAUAUAGCACAUCUCCACUGCUAUUGGUUAAGGAGAUCAAAAGCUGUCUGGCUCAAGAGGAAAGAUUUGUACACCAAGCUGAAAAUCCAGUACAGAACCAAGACACAAUGAAUGAUCAGCUACAGUCCACAGAGAUUCACAAACAGAUCGUGGAAAUGAUUGAGAGUUGCCGAGAGAAAACACAGGCAACAGAGUCGUUUCUGAAACAGCUACAAAAUCUUCAAGAAUCAUUUGUGAUCCAGUAUCAGAACCAGGUCAAAGUGAACGCCCAAAUUCAGCAGGUUGAGAAACAGAACAAGGAGCUAGGUCUACUUGCACCAGGGGCAGAUCGUAUACUUGCAGAAGGCACGUCAAAUGAGCAGUACCAGCAGGUCCUCCAGAACAAUGCACAGGUGGAGAAAAAACUACGUAAACAAAAGGAUGACCUUGAGCGAGAGUUGCUCACCAAGGCCGAGGAGUUGCUCCAGUAUCGCCUGAUGCUGGCAGACAAGCAUCGAGACACAUGUGUUAGCCUAGAAGAGCUACAGAAGAUGGUAGUAGAUAAAGAACUCAUUGCAUGGAAACGCAAACAGCAGUUGUCAGGCAAUGGGGUGAAAUUUGACACACAACUGCUGGAUGUUCUCCAACAGUGGUGUGAGUCCCUGGCCGAGAUGAUUUGGAAGAACCGACAACAAAUUCUAGGAGUGGAGAUCCUUCGUCAGAAGCUUCCUAUCGACAUCCCUACUGGUACACCAGACCUCGUGCCUGAACUCAACCAGAAAAUCACAGGUCUCCUCUCCUCUCUAGUCACAAGCACAUUCAUUGUAGAAUCACAACCGCCUCAAGUCCUCAAGAAAGAGUCCAGAUUCACAGCCACAGUCCGCUUACUGGUGGGAGGUAAACUCAACAUCCACAUGUCACCACCCACUGUCAAGGCAUCUAUAAUCAGCGAACAUCAGGCAAAAGCAUUGCUGAAGAAUGAUGCACACGCAAAGAACGAAACAAGUGGUGAGAUUCUGAACAACAAUGGGACAAUGGAGUACCACCAGGCUAAAGGAGAGCUGAGUAUCACCUUUCGUAACAUGUCGCUGAAGAAGAUAAAACGGGCAGAUAAGAAAGGAUCAGAGGCAGUAACAGAGGAGAAGUUCUGUGUGCUCUUCCAAUCAGACUUUCAAAUUGGCAAUGGAGAGCUUAUGUUUCAGGUCUGGACCCUGUCUUUACCCGUUGUUGUAACUGUACACGGUAACCAGGAGUGCAAUGCCAUGGCAACAGCUCUGUGGGACAACCAGUUUGCUGAGCCGGGGCGAACACCAUUUGCUGUACCAGACUCUGUUCCAUGGUGUCAGAUGGCUGAACUACUUAAUGGAAAAUUCCAGGCUGCCACCGGGCGUGGGCUGACUGCAGAAAAUCUUUCCUACCUCGCUAACAAAGCAUUUGGUCAGAUAAAACCAGGAGAGGACUUCUCACAACGACCAAUAUCAUGGUCAAUGUUCAACAAGGGAGCUGGUCUCAAACAACCAGUUUAUAAAGAGGAACACCUCAAACAACCAUGGAUAGAUGGAUGGGUAAGUUUUAUAGAGGAACACCUCAAACAACCAUGGAUAGAUGGGUCAGUGAUUGGGUUUGUCACGAAGUGCUCAGCACAGGAAUGGUUGUUGACCAAACCAAAUGGAACAUUUCUGUUACGAUUCAGUGACUCGGAGACUGGAGGAAUUACAAUAGCAUGGGUAGCUGAUGAUCCUGCAAAGCCAGGAGAGAGAGCUGUAUGGAACCUGGCUCCAUAUGGGCGUAAAGACUUCAUCAUCCGAAGUCUGUCUGAUCGCAUUAAGGACCUGGAUGCUUUGGUAACUCUGUUUCCAAAUGUACCUAAAUCACAGGCUUUUGGAAAAUAUUACACAGCAGUAUCAGAAAAACAUAACAGUGUGAAAGAUGGAUAUGUGCCCAGCUCAUUAGUUGCCAAGUUACCAGACAGUCUAGCAAAUGCAGCACCUAUGGAUUUCAACAAUCCUCAAACUCCACAGGGCUCACACCUUGGACCCGACUCUCCCACCUAUGACUCCAACAGUAUGGCCUUGAAUCCGAAUCAUUUGCAGCCAAUUGAGGAGGAUAUGGAUGAUGCAGGUGUGUUUGAUGUAACACUGUUGACAGACUAUAAUCCUGAUGACAUCAGCGACAUCAGUGACAUUAACAUUGCUGAAUUCAUAAAGACGAUGUCCCAGAAAAAGUGAACGACACACUCACAAACUACAAACAUAUUAUCUACUGUGUGUAAAACACAAAACAUUUUAUAGUGAACUACUUGUUUUUAAUAGAUGUAUAUUUUUAAGAAGAAAUGUUACUACCACACAUUUAAACUGAGAUUUAUGGUGUAUUUUAUUGAGUACCUUAUAAAGGAUUUGAAAUCGUACCGAUUUCUAAACAAUCGGUACCAUCAACUGUGAAACUAAAAGAUAUUUACUAGGUUUUGUACAGGAUUUACCUAUGAUGACUUAUAUGUAAAUUUAACUUGCAUAAUAUGUUUGUAAUGCGGAUUAGUAUUUACAACAUCAAAGGGUCAUGAUAAGGACAUUGUAUACAGUGUGAGUUCAGAGAGAAAUGCUGUACCUCUGACGACAGGGAUAGGCUUAUAACAGGAUGAAGAAAAAGAUUUUAUUUGACAACUGUGACGAAAAACAGUAUACAUGUAUAUUUUUAGGUUUAUCUUACCAGAUUGGACAGCUUAUCAGUAUAGGUACAGUAAGUGAUAAGUAAGAGGAGCUACAUUGAAGAUGUCGAGGUCUUUUAUAAAGUGUUGUGGCUGGCACAUAACUCUAUUUUCAUAAUACUGGACAUCCACAGAGAGUAGUCCAAGGCCAGUAAAACCUCCCUCCAAAAAACAAGAAUUGUUUCUUUAAAAAUGAGAAUGUUAAAAAUUGCAGUAGAGCUGUUGUAUCGGGUGUUGAAUGAACAGAUAGUAAGAAAGACCUUAUUCUUCAUUAGAAGAUUUUAACUUCUUGUUUGUUUAAAUGUUUAAAAGUUCUUAUUUUGCAAGGAAAGUAUAAAAUUAUAUUAGUAAUGGAGAAAAUUAUGGUAAUUUUCAUAUUGCCUGCAAAAAAAUACUCCCUUUUCAUUUUUUUACAUCUGGUUUAGGUGACUAUUAACUGUUGAUGAAAAAAAAAAUAUCUAGUAAAAUUAUGGCACUCUUGUGAGUAUUGGGUGACACAAAACAAUGUAGGGCCCUUUCUGUGUGUGACAUAUACAGGAUAACUGUAUUUUUAAUCUUGUCUGAUUUUGCACAUUUAAUGUGUAUAUGUGUACUAGUCAUUAAAGUUUUAAAGAUUUUCUCUCUUACCGAGAAACAUUUUAAAUGUUAUUGUGUGUGUGAUGGCAGAAAAUGCACUUUAAUACAGUUAUGCAUUACUGUUUGAAUUGUUAUUCUUGGUAAAUCCCGGAUGAACCUGGAGUCCACCCAUCAGGGAGAUACUGAAAUAGCCUUUACAUAUUUCGUGGUGAGGACAUUGUUUGAUAUUGUAUUAUGUCUGCUUAGAUUUGUACAGAUAUGCGGUAACAGAUUUUUGAGGAAGUAUUAAUGAGUAUAAUUGUUACUUUGUUGUAGAGACAUGAUACACACAUUAAGGCUUUGUUUAAUUAGUGAUUCCCCUUAUCAGAGACCAACAAAAGGAUUUUGUUGCAAAAUUUCUCAAGCAAUUUCAAUCAAAGACUACUUAUUUGCAAGUUGGCACCUACUCGUGGAUAGUACUGAAGCUAUGAGAAUAGAUCUGGAGACAAGAAGGACUCGAUAUUCACAGGAGUUGUAGUGGUUGUAGAGACAUGAGGUUGACUUACAAAUACUAACAGAGAUUGUAAAACGCCAAUCAUGUAUGCAUGUAACCAAAUCAUUCUAAUAAAAGGAAUUAUUAAAGAGU